UUUUAUAGAUUCUUGCUGUGUUUACAAAUUGGCACGGAAAAUUUUACGCUUUUUAAUUGCUAAAAUAAUUAAUUGUUGAGCAACGAAAACGGGCGGUUGAGCGACCUGCACUUGGCAUGCCGGACAUAAAAAUAACACCACUCGGUGCCGGCCAGGAUGUGGGCCGCAGUUGCCUGCUGCUGACGAUGGGCGGCAAAAAUAUAAUGCUUGACUGCGGCAUGCAUAUGGGCUACAAUGACGAGCGGCGAUUCCCGGACUUUUCCUACAUUGUGCCCGAAGGACCCAUAACCAGCCACAUCGACUGUGUGAUCAUUUCCCACUUCCACCUGGAUCACUGUGGCGCUUUGCCCUACAUGUCGGAGAUAGUGGGCUACAACGGGCCCAUUUACAUGACACAUCCGACCAAGGCGAUUGCACCGAUCCUCCUCGAGGAUAUGCGAAAGGUGGCCGUGGAGCGGAAGGGCGAGUCCAACUUCUUCACCACGCAAAUGAUCAAGGACUGCAUGAAGAAGGUCAUUCCAGUGACCCUGCAUCAGAGCAUGAUGGUGGACACGGAUCUGGAGAUUAAGGCCUACUAUGCCGGUCACGUGCUGGGCGCGGCCAUGUUCUGGAUUAAGGUUGGCUCCCAAAGCGUCGUCUACACCGGUGACUACAACAUGACGCCGGAUCGCCAUCUGGGCGCUGCCUGGAUCGACAAGUGCCGACCCGAUCUGCUCAUCUCGGAAAGCACCUAUGCCACCACAAUACGCGACUCGAAGCGCUGUCGUGAACGCGACUUCCUCAAGAAGGUGCACGAAUGCGUGGCGCGUGGCGGCAAAGUGUUGAUACCGGUCUUUGCCCUGGGGCGGGCCCAGGAGCUGUGUAUUCUGCUGGAGACCUACUGGGAGCGCAUGAACCUCAAAUAUCCCAUCUACUUUGCUCUGGGCCUCACCGAGAAGGCCAACACGUACUACAAGAUGUUCAUAACAUGGACGAACCAGAAGAUUCGCAAGACAUUCGUCCAUCGUAAUAUGUUUGAUUUCAAGCACAUAAAACCAUUUGAUAAGGCUUACAUUGAUAACCCCGGUGCUAUGGUUGUGUUUGCCACUCCUGGCAUGUUGCAUGCCGGCCUCUCGCUGCAAAUAUUCAAAAAGUGGGCGCCCAACGAGAACAACAUGGUCAUCAUGCCCGGCUACUGUGUCCAGGGCACCGUGGGCAACAAGAUCCUCGGCGGUGCGAAGAAGGUUGAGUUCGAAAAUCGUCAGGUGGUUGAGGUCAAAAUGGCAGUGGAGUACAUGAGCUUUUCGGCGCACGCCGAUGCCAAAGGCAUAAUGCAGCUCAUUCAAAACUGUGAGCCGAAGAACGUAAUGCUCGUCCAUGGGGAGGCGGAGAAGAUGAAGUUUUUGCGAUCGAAGAUCAAGGACGAGUUCAAUUUGGAAACUUACAUGCCCGCCAAUGGCGAGACCUGUGUGAUCUCCACGCCCGUUAGAAUACCCGUAGACGCUGCCGUUUCCCUGCUAAAGGCCGAGGCUCGGUCGUACAACGCUCAGCCGCCGGAUCCGAAGCGACGACGACUCAUCCACGGCGUACUGGUGAUGAAGGACAAUCGAAUAAUGCUGCAAAAUCUAACAGAUGCCCUCAAGGAGAUCGGCAUCAAUCGGCAUGUGAUGCGCUUCACGUCCAAGGUGAAAAUUGAUGAUCCCGGUCCGACGGGGCUUACCAGCGAACGACUGCAGACACUGCUGGAGGAAAAACUAGUCGGCUGGACGGUGGAACUGCAAGAAAAUGGUUCCAUUACCAUUGAAUCCGUUGAGGUGAAGGUCGAGGAGGAUGCCAAGGAUCCCAAGCAGAAAACCCUGCUGAUUUCAUGGACCAACCAGGACGAGGACAUCGGUGCCUACAUACUCAAUGUACUGCAGAAUAUGUGCUAGAUCCUGGCCACGGAGCCCAGCGAAACUCCCCGACAUACUAUAUACCUUAAUUCCAUAGUUUGCUAAGCACAAAGGGUUGAUUGAUAUCGUUUUCUAAAUAUCUAAAUGAAUGGAAAAAAUGAAAUAAAAGAAAUAAUCCGAUAUCCAAAACCAGGGCCCAAAGGUUAGGUUCGUUCGUUCCACGCUAUUUAUUCUGGGAGUUAUUCAGAAAGACUUUAACAUUAAUGUAAUCCAAGGCGUCGCUCCUGGCGCCCUGAAUCAUAUGCAAUUACUUUAUAUAUCGUUGGAGCUGUUCGAACUGGAGUUUCUGGAUCAGGACAGGACAGCUUAUGUGAGGGCAGCAGCACCAGAGAUGAUCUCAAUCAGCUCGCGAGUGAUGACAGCCUGUCGGGUGCGGUUGAAUGUGAGAGUAAGUUUGUCAAUCAUCUCACCGGCGUUCUUGGAAGCAUUGUCCAUGGCCGUCAUACGGGAGGACUGCUCCGAGCAGGCACCCUCCUUCAUGGUGUAGAAGAUGAGGGAGGCCAGCGAGAACUCCAAGUAGCUCUUGACGACAUCGCUGUCGAGCGAGUCGUAAGUGGCCAGUUUCUCCGACUUCUCGACAGUGGGGCCACCGUAGAUGGGCAGUGUGCUGCACUGGUACGAGACAACGGACCUGAACUUGUUGUACACGAUCUUGCCCUCGGUGUACUCGUAGCCAGUGUUUAGGACCUCAUGGGCGAUCUUCGAGGCAUCCAGGAAAGUGGGGGGCAGACGACCGAUUUCGUUGGCCACCAUCAGGAUAUUCUUGCCGUACAGACGGGCCAGAAUAGCACGGGACUUGUCUCCCACGCAGAAGAUCUUGGUGUUGGCAUGUUCGGUAGCCAUCUCGCCACGGAUCAGACGCGCCACACCAGUGUGAACAGCACCGCACAGACCACGGUCCGAUGUUACGGCGAUGAAGAG